GAAGGCGAAGACGUUGGCGGCGGCGUUGGCUGCGGUGGAGGUGGACGAGGUCAACCGAAAACGGAGGCUCGGCUAUGAACUUGCCGGGGACAUCAGUAGUGGCGGCAGAUCUGGUAGCUGUCUCCUUGCUACGGGCCCCCUGUUAACGGGACAGGCUUUAACAUUAUGGCAGGAAGACAUCAGAAUCAUAGUUUUCCUCUUCCAGGAGUUCAGUCCAGUGGUCAAAUACAUGCAUUUGGAAAUUGUAUAGACAGUGAUACCUUGGAAGAGGAUGCUGAAGUGUAUGAGCUUCGAUCCAGAGGAAGAGAGAAAGUCCGAAGAAGUACAUCAAGAGAUAGACUUGAUGACAUUAUUGUAUUGACAAAAGAUAUACAAGAAGGAGAUACUUUAAAUGCAAUAGCCCUUCAGUACUGUUGUACGGUAGCAGAUAUCAAGAGAGUUAACAAUCUCAUCAGCGAUCAAGACUUUUUUGCUCUUAGAUCUAUCAAAAUUCCAGUAAAAAAGUUUAGUUCCUUGACUGAAACACUUUGUCCUCCAAAAGGAAGACAGGCUUCACGUCAUUCAUCUCUUCUGUACUCUCCAGAACAACAGGAAAUUUUGCCAGCUAAUGAUUCCUUUUCUUCCAGUGAGUCAGCUGGUAGCUUUUUAAAAGAAGUAGACCGAGACAUAGAACAAAUAGUAAAGUGCACAGACAACAAGAGAGAGAACCUUAACGAGGUGGUGUCUGCCUUGACAGCACAGCAAGUACGUUUCGAACCCGAUAACAAAAACACUCCACAGCGUAAGGACCCCUACUAUGGAGCAGACUGGGGAAUAGGGUGGUGGGCAGCUGUGGUGAUAAUGCUGAUAGUGGGUAUAAUAACACCUGUAUUUUACUUGCUGUAUUAUGAAAUUUUAGCUAGAGUGGAUGUUAGUCACCAUUCAACAGUGGACUCUUCACAUUUAUAUUCAGGAAUCACACCCCCAUCCCAGCAGAGAGAAGUGGAAAAUGGAAUCGCUCCAACUAAAGGAAUACGCUUUAGCCAACAAGAGGAUCAUAAACUCUACCGUCAAGAUUCUCAGCCACCUCCUGCUCAACACAAAACAUAGCAAUGAGCUCCUGAUCACAGUGUUCGUGGUCGCCUGUGUGUAUCUGCAUUGUGGUAAAUCACUUGUAUUCGGUAACUGCUGCAAAGGCAGAAUUUAGGGAGACUGAAGAUGCUUUUCACACCUUUAAAAUUUUUUCUGAGCCAUUUACAAGUGUAUUGGGUAUAAAAAUCUCUAUUUUCUGGUUGGUAUUAAGAGCAGUCAUUUCAUAAGUGUGGCUUAUCAAUGCUUAAAGCAGAAAUGAAUUUAAAUGUGUGUUUAGGAAGUUCUUGGAAGACGUAUCAUUUUUUUUUAAGACUAGUUACAUUGAAAUUUAUUUUUUAAAGAUUUUAGUUUAAGGUUAUUAAGAUUAAAUUUAUGAAGCAGAAUACUAACAUCAGAUGUCUGCAACUGAAUAAAAUUUACGGUGAACCACCAAAAUACUUAGUUGCAAAAAAGUUUGAUUCUAAAAUUACUUAUGAUAGCACAUACUUAACCCACUGUUUUGAAAUUGUUAGCAUGUGCUAUGAAAGGACAUGUAAAAACAGAAAUUGAAACAUAAUAGAUAAAUUCUGAAAUAGAGGCUCAGAAAUAGAUUGAUUUUAAGUCCCCCAAAUAAUGUGUUGUGGGAAGGUGCUAUCUGGUCAUGAGAACACUGGAACAGGUCAAGAUCUAAAGGUAGUUUUUGUGUCUUAAAGAAAGCUUUAAGAUAGACCUUUUUUUAAACCUCACUUCUGCUUCCGUUUUUAAAGUGAUUAUAUUUGCCUCUGAUAUUUGAAAGCACUUUUAUAGUUUGAUAAAAAGUGUUAUACAGAUUAGCAUUAUUUAGGAAAUAAUUCCUUAAAUACUGUGAUAAAUCCUUGCUGUGUUACAUAUAGUAACAGCCUUAACUACAUUUAAUGCCUUAUAAUAUUACUUCUUGUAAGUAAAUAUAAGUUUUAAAGUUAAGCACUAUUUCAGAUGGUCCAGUUAGACUCAUCACAGUCUGUAUCACUUCGUCUCCACCUUCACUAUCAAGCACAAGUUUUAAUUGGGCCAAAACCAAAUCUUUAUUGUCUGCCUCUGAGGUCUGUAGAAGAAAAUGGUUCGUGAAGCAAAAAUAAGAGAAGCUUUUUGCAUUAGCAGUACCAGACAAAUUGCUUUAUUUAUUGAUGCCUUCACCUGUUUUUUCAAAGAGGACUAUUCCAACUUAGACGUUUUUUUUUCCUGUUGUAGCAUCAAAUUGGGGAAACAGAGGCCAAAGGAGGUGUGGAUUGUUUGCAAGGGCUCGAUAGUGCCACUUUUUAAGAUCUGUUAAGUCAGCCAGAGUCUGGCUAAAUAAGCAUUUCCAUACUCAUUCCAUCGUUUAAUUUUUAAAAGUAUGUGUUUUUAAAAUGUAACCAAAACGAUUAAAUAGAAAUGAGAUUUGGUGGAGUCUGGAUGUUUUGUACAUAAUAAAGUAUAUACUUUAAGAUAUAUAAUACCACCUUAUUUUCUGGGCAUUAUUUCUUAAUUUUUAAUGUUUCAGCCUUUUAAAUCAGUCAUGUUAUAUUUCAAAUUCCAAUCUUGAUACAAAAUUGUAUGAAUAAAUAAAUAUUUUUGGUAAGUGGAGUUUUAUGUACUUUCUGGAGAAAAGCAUCAUCAAAAGCUACAAUAAGAAGUUAAACAUUAAAGUCCUUGCACAUUUGAGAGAACCGUGGACAAUUAUCAGAAAGUGUUAAUAGAAGUUGCAAAUUGAUUCUUUUAGUAAAUUUCUUAAACAUUUUAAAUUUGUUCUAAUGGGCCUUAGGCAUCUUGAAAAGAGCAAUGUGAUAAAAUUUAUACUUAGUGUCAACUGGUCACUUUAUAUCAUAUAUAUUAAGCCUACUAAAAAAUCAAGUUUUAAGGAAGAAAUUGCAGAUUUUACUUUUGGGUAGAGCAGGCUGGGUAUCCAAAGAACUUUGCUUACAUCAAAUUGAUGAAAUUACAGUCAGUUACUCAUUUUUGCUAGUUGUGAAAUGGUGGUGGAGGUGUCUGAUUUCCAAAAUGUGUAGCUUAAUUUUAAAGUAAUGAGGCAUACUGUAUAACUGGUUAAAAAACAUUUUGAUAAUGCAUAGAGUAUCCUUUUUGAAGGAAAAAUAACAUGACACAAUCAGGCAAUUUCCUUUUUCUGUUUGAAUUACCUACUUUUGAAUUAAUUGGAUAUAAUGAGUUAUAUAUAAUUCUGUUAUAUAUAAUUAUAAAAUGUUUUAUAUAGAAUUACAGAUUCUAAUUGUUGAAAAGAAUUUCCUAAGCAUUGAAUACAUUCAGAAUAAUUUUAACUUUUAAAAAAGUACUAAUACAUGUAUUCAUUGUUUAUAGCAGAUUCAAAUAACUUUGCAUAACAAAAUAACAAACAGUUAUUGUUUGACAUUUUGUGUUGAAAUUCUUAUUUGAACUUACUUUGAGGCUUUACAUUUGUGUGUGUGCGUAUGCAUGUAUGCAAAUGUAAAAGUAAUUGAGAACCACUGCAUUGGUUCUCUUAAAAAUUUAGAGUUGCAACUGAAGAAAAAUCUGGUGUAUUUAAGGCAGAUUUUUCUUCUUUGAGUCUUGAGUAAGCAUGAUUAACUAAUGGAUGCCAUUUAAAUAUGCUGUCUCCUAUAAAAAUCAACAAAUUCAUGUCUUCAAAAGACAAGUUAAGAUGGGUUAGAGUCUGCUGUCCACAUUAAGAAUUAGACAAAGACUGCAAUAUUAUCUCCAAAGGACUUUUUACUACUUUUUCUGGACUUAAUCUGCUUGUUCAGUGGUCUGAAGAGUUCUUUAUAUGAACCACUACUUAGUAAUUAUAAGUAUUAUUAUAAUAGUAAUAGUUAUGUAUAAUACUAUUUCUAAAAUAAUUUAGUUGGAAACAUGAAGGAUACAGUUUGUUUUAGAAAUAUAAUGAAGCAAGGAUCUAAUCAAAGUGUUACCAGGUAAAGUGGAAUUUUUAGAAGUCUUUAUUUAAAUGAUACAUUGUAAUGGGAUUCAUUCUCAUUUUGGAUUAUAACAGUGUUGCUCAGGUAAUCAGUAUUUUUCUCCAAGUAUGUGCAUAUUGCACUCUUAGAUCACAGAAAUAUCUGAAUGCUUUAUUUAAUUCUUUUUAUGUAUGCAAAAUCUCCAAAUCUUUUGUAUAAUGUAUUUUAUACAAAUGCUAAAUGUAACUGUAGAACAUUAUGUUAGCAUGUACAUCUGUAAAAGUGGUUUUUAAAACUUUCUGCCCCUUAUUUUUCAGAUUUUAAAAGAUCUACACAAUGUA